GAGGAGCUGCAGCAGAGCACCAGCACAGAUUCUGCGCUCAAGUUGAGAAGUGCUCCGACACAGAUGCUGAGGACUUAACUCGAGUUCAUGGACCGGCAUCGUUUGAAAAAGUCGGUUUUAAAAUGACGCAUCCCCGCUAAAGGCAUUCUGAGGUCCGUUCACCAUCCUCCAAUAGUGGGUCAUUUUUUCCUGUAAUAGAAAUCUGUUUGACAGCAUUUCACCAUCCAUCACACCCAGUCUUGUUCAAGAAGGAGGAACCGAGGGAGGAGGAGGACGAUGGCUACCGAUGGAGUUUCUCCCCAAGCUCUGCUGUGGCUCAGCCUGAGCGGUUUGAGCUCCCUGGUGUCACCCCUAAACCCCGAUGAUCCCAAUGUGUGCAGCCACUGGGAGAGUUAUGCAGUGACUGUGCAGGAGUCUUAUGCCCAUCCAUUUGACCAGGUUUACUACACCCGAUGCACCGACAUCCUCAACUGGUUCAAAUGCACGAGACACAGGAUCAGCUACAAGACCGCCUAUAGGAGAGGUGUAAGGACCAUGUACAGACGACGCUCUCAGUGUUGUCCAGGCUUCUAUGAAAGUGGAGAACUGUGUGUUCCACUGUGCACAGAAGAGUGUGCCCAUGGACGAUGUGUCUCUCCUGAUACUUGCCAAUGUGAGCCAGGAUGGGGAGGACUGGACUGCUCCAGUGGUGAGUACUCAGCAGACAAACAGACAGUAAAUGGAAACAUUACUACAAAGCAUUGCAUUACAAGCGUAAUGUAGCAUAAUGUAGCUUUGAACAACAGUAACAACAGUAACAACAGUAACAACAGUAACAACAGUACCGCAGUCGAUAAAAAUAAAAUUGGCCUCGUCCUUUUCUAUUUUUGUCUACUUUUCUAACCUGUUUGGUUUUGUAAUAUUUGAACAUAACAGUUCAUAGCAUUUCUUAAUAUAACUUACCAUUACAUGGCUUUGCAUAACAUAACACAACAUUGUAUAACUGUAGAACAUUUAGAGACAAACUAUCCGAAUUUCAGGAGCAGGACCACUCCUCCAAACACGCGCCCUCCUGUUCUCAUCUAUAUGACCCCCAGUUCUCAGUUAUUUCACUUUGUAAUCCUGAUGUGUAAAUAACUAGUGGUGACACAGAACGUUAAUAGCAAAAUGAUCAAACACUUCAUGAAGACCAACCAGUCAUGUCUUUUAAUGUUAAUGAUUUUAUUUAUAUUUAUAUCUGUAUGUUAAAGCAGAAGCUGCUGUAGCACAAGCUUCCAUUGCUAGUUGUAUUUGUUGAUUUGCUGAACAGCAUAAAAACAUGUGAAAGGAGUGUUUUUUCUGGUAUACGGACCAAUAUAAUUUCUGAGCAGUAGCUUGGUACAAGGCUAAGGGAUCGGAAAUUAGUAACAUAAUUUAAAACAUCUUAUAAAAACAGGUGAUGUGUAUUAAAACCUUUUAAAUAUAUAUAUAUUCCAUUAUACCAGGAAAACUUAUAUUUAAAAAAAAUCAUUGCUUCUAACAAUUUUGAAACCUUUAAAAACAUUAGAUUUUGAUCUGUGGCUAUUACUUGUUUUCCUGCAAUAAUCCAGCCUAAAACAUGAGCAGCAUUUAACUAUUAGUGACACAGCAUAAAAUUACAGAUUG